CGGGGCGUCCGAACCAUCGCCAGCGGUGAUGAAGCCAUGGGACAACCAUGGGAUGAAUGGCGGAUCGGCAUCUCUCGUCACGAGCAUCGCUCCCCUCCCCUCCCCCUCUGACGAGUGAUGCACUCAUCCAUUGAAUGGCCACCAUGAUGCAGUCCAGUGACCAUGACAACCAUCAGCCUCCCUCGCCCCAGUGCAGCCUGGUGUCGGCGGCCCUUGCCGGCAUGAUCACCAAGACCGCAUGUGCGCCACUCGACCGAGUGCGCACCCUCUACCAGACCCAGGGCAUGUUCACCUCGGCCGGCCACUCGGCUGCCCCGCGGCCCAGCGCCACGCUCAAGUACGGCGGCUCAUUCGGCCUGUUCGGCACGUUCCGGCAGAUAUACGCCGAGGAGGGCGUGGCGGGUCUGUUCCGCGGCAACCUGAUGAACUGUAUCCGCGCCAUGGCCGUCUACGGCAUCAAAUUCGGCACCAACGACUUCAUCAAAGACCAAAUCAGACUCGCGCGCAGCAGCAGCAGUGGCAGUAGCAGCAACGGCAGCAGCAGCAACAGGGCCGAUGGGCGUCUGUAUUCCAGUGACCUCUUGCUGGCGGGGCUAGUGGCCGGGACGGUGCAGAAGCUGGCGACCUACCCGCUGGAUCUGCUGACGGUGCGGCUGGCGCUGGGCAGCAACGUGGCGAGCGUGGCGAGUGGUGGCGUGGGCGGGGGUAGUGGGGGGUACAGGGGCAUAUUGGAUUGUGUGGCGCGGAUCUACGUGCGUGAGGGUGUCGGUGGGUUUUGGAAGGGGCUUUGCCCCACGCUAGUGACGGGCGUGCCCUACGUCGCCCUCCAGCUGUCGCUAUGGGACGACUACAGAGACAGAUACCGCAGGUAGGGUGCGUAUGGCAUGGUGUGUGCACCAAGCAGCGAGAGACAUGGCAUCCACCCAAUGCGCGUAUGUGUCUGUGAAUAUGUGUGUGUGUGGUGUUUGGUAGGUACAUUCGUCCCUGUGUGAAUGGGGCGUCGAGCAAGGCCGACGGCGCGGCGGACGUCGUGGAGUCAUCCGUUGCAGGUGGGCGAGCGGCGGCUAGCCAGCACCACCUCUGAUCUCAUAAUGUGUGUCUCACACAGGGUCGCUGGCCAGCCUGACAGCGCAGCUGAUGGUGUUCCCAUGCGACACAAUAAGGUACACACACACUGCCACUUGCGUUGGUGCUGUCUAUGUCAAUGUCUGCAGGAAGCGCAUGAUGGCCGAUGGUGUCGACAAACGGACGGGCGACGGCAUGGACCCUCGCAAGUAUAGGUACAUGCGAUCGAUGCGUCAACCACACACACAUGCCCCUUCUCUCCACACACGUGCCCCUUCUCUCUCUUUCUGUGUGGGUGUGGGUGUAGGGGCAUGGUGGAUUGCUUGCGUCAGGUGCUGCGCGAGGGCGGCGUGUGCCGUCUCUAUCACGGCCUGGUGCCGUGCAUCGUCAAGGCACUGCCAAAUGGUCCGCCAGACCCACUCACUACCCACAUGCUGCGCACUGAUGCAUUGGCGCAUUCAUUGGUGUGGAUGGGAUGCAGGUGCGAUUCAGUUUGGCAGCCUCGAGCUGUUCUCCAGGCUGGUGCCGCAGGCGUAUUUGCUCAUUAGCAGCGCAUGCGCCUCGCUCGCCGAGCACAUCAACAACACCAGGACCAGGACCAGCACCACAGCCACUGCAGCAACUGCUGCAGCAGGCGUCACAUAGAUUGCAUGACGAUGACGAGGGGGAGUUGCGUGAGAGGGAUGAGGGGAGAGGUGGCGUGUACAGCUUGCCGCCGAUGUGCAUUCGUGUGCGUAUGUGUGUAUGUAUGUGUGUAUGUGUGUGUGUGUGUGUGUGUGUGUGCAUGCGUUUCUUGUGUCGCUUCAAGGGUGGGUGCAGACAGACAGACAGGCAGACAGACCAGAGAACCAACACGUCGGAAGUUUCCAGCCCGUGUGGAAACUUCCUGUGUUGGCUGCGGUCUACUUCUUGUUGAUAGUAUGUAUGCUUAUGGACAGACAGACAGUAGUCUCGAAUAUUUCAGACUCUAGGUCACGGUGCGGAACACACUGCUCAAGAGCUUGGUGGACAAGGGAAAUGCCAAGCGCAAGUAGUGUAGAUGGAUGGAUGGAUGGAUGAUGGAUGGAUGAUGGAUGGAAUGGCGGCAGCUGUCCUGCACAACUGUGUGCAUGUACUGGUGUGUCCUAUAGACACCGAUUGGUGUGUGUACAGCUCAGCAGGUGGUUGGACACGACUAGUGUUGUACAGCUGUCCAUGCAGAC